AUGGCAACCGAGGUGCCAACCGAACCACGUAAAUUAAGACGCACUACCAACGCAUGCGUGGCAUGCCGACAAAGCAAGAUCAAAUGCUCGGGCGACGAUCCCUGCGCCAACUGCCAGCGUCGCGCCCUGACUUGCCACUUUGUCGAAGGAGGUAACAAAGUGACGGUGGCCCAGAAAUAUCUCCAGGAACUACAGCGACAGGCGCGAGAGAAACCGCAGUCGUCGCUGGGAACGAAACGCACCGUCGACGUGGCGUUCGGACCGGAGACUCGGGCGGCGACCGGUUCCCCCCGCGAUGAUGAGUUGCCCCCUUAUCAGACCAUUGACAACGGUCGUAGCGUGUGGAUCAGUCCGUUCACGCUGCCGUCGAGGACGAUCAAGAACUCUUACAAGAAUAAACGAAACUGGAGUAUAUCGCCCUUUCCCUGGAGAUCGUGGUGGAGAUAG